UAUUAUAAUCAACCAUGUUCCCUCCCUUGUAUAUUUAAAACUAGGUAAACCUCUCAAAACCAGCAGACUAUUAUUCCAUGAACCGCAAUGGAUCGGAGGGAUGCAUCUGCAGGCACCUUGCCCAAUGUUACCGACUUUGGUUUCCAUGAUUUCAUCAAUGAGCCUAACUUCGAGCAGUUGAUUGAGCUCAUCAGAGGAGAAAGCGCGGAUUCUCUCGUGAAGUUCUGCCCCAAUUAUGAUUGUGAGCACAUGAAUGGUUGUUUGGAUGAUAACCAGUUUGGCUCAUCCGUGGGAGAAUUGUUUGAGUUCGACCCUGCAACUGCAACGGUGUCGAAUCCUGAUUCGGUUAUCGACUCACUGCCGAGCAUUGAUGGGGAGAUGAAGGGAGGGGAAGAGAUUGAUGGGGAGGAUUCAUCCGGGAAUACUACCACUACACCCACAAAGGGGACCAAGGUUGAUAGGUCCAGAACUUUGAUUUCAGAGAGGAGGAGAAGAGUUCGAAUGAAGGAGAAGCUCUAUGCGUUACGUUCCUUGGUUCCUAACAUAACUAAGAUGGACAAGGCCUCCAUUGUUGGAGAUGCUGUCCUGUAUGUGCAGCAGCUGCAGAUGCAGGCCAAGAAGCUAAAAGCUGAGAUUGGGGGCCUUGAAUCUUCGUUAGUGCUGGGAGCAGAGAGAUAUAAUGGCUUAGUGGAAAUCCCCAAGAAGAUUCAAGUUGCACGCAGCCACCAUCCCAUGUGUGGGAAGAUUUUUCAGAUGGAUGUGUUUCAAGUGGAGGAAAGAGGGUUCUAUGUGAGAUUGGCGUGCAACAGGGGAGAAAGGGUGGCGGUUUCGCUGUACAAGGCGCUUGAAUCCCUCACCGGCUUCAGCAUUCAGAGCUCUAACUUGGCCACAUUUUCAGAGACUUUUGUAUUGACAUUUACUUUGAAUGUUAGAGAAUGUGAUGAAAGCAUGAACUUGCCAAAUUUGAAGCUAUGGUUAACUGGGGCUCUUCUGAACCAGGGAUUUGAGUUCAAAACACUUCCAUCCUCCUAAUUUACUUCUACAAAAUAAUUUCUGUAAUUCCACUCAAGUAUGUGAUCAUAACAAGGAGCAGCGAAUCCCAUACAUGGGUGCCAGUCAUUAGUCAGUACAGAAGUCCCAGGGUACACGAAUCCCAGUAUCAAUUUUCCCCCCGGUUUCGUGUAGCCGCAGAUGCAAUACAUUUUGGACAUGGUUGAUGACAUGUAUCAUCAAUUCAAAUCAAUGAAAGUCAGCUUGAUUAGUUAGUGUCA